CAGACCGGCUCGACGGGCGACGGUGUUUCAUUUACUGCUGUCUAGGUUCAGGAUUUACGUUUCCUGCUUGUGUCAGUGCGUUGAUUCCCUGGUUAUACAGCGAUAAAGUCGAAUGGUCUGCUGUCCAGCGUACUGUGGGUAUGGGAGGUGAAGCCCCUUAACAAUCUGGGGGAAUUGUUACCUUAAAUUAAGAAAGUUUUGUCUGCAUCUAGGAGGGUUUCUGUCAUGAUGAGGGGAGCUACUGGAGCUUCACUGGUACUAUCACUGCUGAUCUCCAGGCUGCUGGGGGCUGCCUGUCAGUCUCCCCCAGGGAAGCCGAAGCUCACCAGCUGCCGAUCUCCAGAGAAAGAGACCUUCAGCUGUUGGUGGGAGCCGGGCUCCAAUGGAGGACUGCCCACGAAUUACUCCCUGUAUUACCGCAAGGAGAACUCCGAAAUUGUUUAUGAGUGCUCGGAUUACCACACGUCGGGGAGGAAUUCCUGCUUUUUCAGCAAGAAUGAUACUUCGAUUUGGGUGAACUACAACAUUACAGUAGUGGCAAGCAACUCCCUGGGAAGCAACUUCUCUGACUCAGUGGAUGUCGAUGUGAUGUACAUCGUUCAGCCACACACGCCUGAGAAUGUGAGUGUUGUGUUGGAGGGCACAGAGGAUAACCCUUUCCUGCUGGUGACAUGGGAGCCCCCUCACAAGGCGGACACCCGGUCCGGCUGGAUCACGCUCGUCUACCAGCUGCGUGUGAAGCUCGAAAAAGACGACAAGUGGGAGGAACACUUUGCUGGUCAGCAGAAACAGUUCAACAUCUUCAGCCUGCACUCUGGGGAGGUCUACAUGGUGAAGGUGCGCUGUAAACCAGACCACGGCUUUUGGAGCGAGUGGAGCACCGUCCGCUACGUGAGAGUCCCUGACUAUAUUUCCAGAGAAAUGUCCGGUUGGAUUCUGAUCCUUACCUUCUCGGCGCUGAUUUGCAUCGUCUUCGUUUGGACGGCCCACAUGAAGAGAAACAGUGUGAAACAUUUUCUUCUGCCCCCUGUACCUGGACCAAAAAUCAAAGGAUUUGAUACGCAACAGCUCAAGAGUGGAAAAUCAGAUGAGAUAUUUAGUACUUUGGUGGCCCAGAGUUUCCCACCACCAUCAGACUAUGAAGAUCUGCUGGUGGAGUAUCUGGAGGUAUAUGAUAACGAAGAACAAGAGUUAGUGUUUGACAGGAAGGACCAAGAAGGCAGCUUGAAGUCCAAGAGUUCCUCAGACACUGACUCUGGCAGAGGCAGUUGUGAUAGUCACAGUUUGCUGAUGGAGAAAUGUAGCGAGUCCAGAGAGGAUCAGACCUUGACAUCUCAAGUCAAAAAUAGCGAGGCGAGCAGAAGGGGGAACGACGGCAGUCACGCCGGCGAAUGUGCUGAUGUUACUACACAAACCUGGCCCACGAUUUCACCUUAUUACCACCAUGACCAGAAACCUUGCUACCAGAGUAUUCCAGAAAUGUCUGAGCAGCACGGUGUACUGGACAGCCAUUUAUUUCUCACCCAACAACAAGACUACUGGGAAACCUCAGCAGAACUUGACCAGAAGAAUCCUUACAUUGGCUACAGCUGCGUUCAGGCCUACAGCGAAAUGACCAUUAACGGCGUCGCGCACACAGAGGCCACAGGCCCUCAGCCUGGGUUCGUGGAGUAUGUGGAGGUUCAGCACGUCAAGCAGGAGAACACCUUGAUACUAAAGCCCAUUGCCCAGGAGGAGCAUGGUCAUUUCCGUCGGGAGAUGACGGAACAUCAUUACAGCAAAGUUAAUGGGAUGGUCUCUGACAAUGUCCUUCUCGUUCAGAGAGAGACAGCUUCUCAGUGCCUCAGUGAUCACCAGGAAGAAGAGAAUGGCCUGGAAAAUUGUACUCAACAGAUGGCUGGAAAGUCAACAGUCCAUCCGCAGGUAGUCUUAGCACAAGAGGGGCUGCACAUAACUCUUAAUGGCUAUGUGGACACAGCAGCCAUAAUGUCCACUUACUAAUAACCAUCAUGUCACAAACUAUUGCUGCUGUUUGUCAGAAUAUUAACAAAUGCCCCCAAAAUAUUCUUUUAAAGCUAAAUAUGAGAUUUUAUAAAAGUUUGCACAGAGAUUGUUGUUUUGGUUGGGAACCUUUGGGUAUUUCGAGGUAACAAAUCUCUACCUUUAUUAGUAAUAAUUACAAAUGGAUUUAGGUAAACAAGCAGGGCAAAUACACAGAUUGUGUCAGAUAUUCAGUUGGGAUAUGCAAUGCUCACAAAAUGGCUGGGGACACUUGCUUAAUUCUGUAAAAAUGUUUCAAAUUCAUUGGCUGCAUAACAUAACUCCAUUGACAAGCAAUAUUUAAUAUAUCAUCAUAUAUCUUCCACACAGACGGGUUCUUUUAUUGUCGUAUUUUUCGACCUAAGCAUUCAGUUCUGCUCUGUCCGUUCUGCUGUGACUUGCAGUUGUAGUCACUGACUCCUAACAGGAUACUAAACACAAAUGCUUGGUUUUGCAUGCUAUGGAAAACAAGUCACUGAUUAAAAACACCCAGUGUUUUACUGAAAAAUACUGGCUGUUUCUAAUGUGAAACAUACAUUUUAGCAAACACAUUAAUAAAGUAAUGAGUUUUUUAUUUUUAUAAAAUCAAUAAAUUUGCAGCAUUUUUACUGAAUUAAGCAAGUGUCCCAAGACUUUCUGUGAGCACUGUAGUUUAGAAACUAUUAAUACUCUACUCACUCCAAUGUUCUAUAAUGUGUAAUUAUUUUAUACUUUUGGCACUGUACCAGAAAUGAUAUUUCACGCACCCCUGCCUUAUGGCCCAGAUUGCCUGGGACAGGCAUGGAACCAGUCCAGAAUGAGUGUGGUGUAGAUGGAUGCAUAGAAAUUAUAUUAUAGUUAAAAUUAAUAGAAUUCUGGUUAAAAAAUGAUUUUGUUGAAACAAAAUCCUAUCUUAACUGGCAUGUAAUUGAAGAAAUUCUUAAUGAACAGCAAUUAUGAUCUGAUACUGGUAAAGGAAUGAAUUUCAUACCCAAAUGAGUAUGAAUGGUUUUUACUGUGCAUGUACAGACAUUUAUCGUGACAGUGUUUAGAAUAUUGAAGCAAUGUUUUAUUUCUUUAUAAAAUUAGGAAUAUAAACACCGUGUCCCAGUACCUCAGUGAUGUCAUAUUGUAUAAAAAUUUAGUUUUUAUAUUGAUUAAGCGAAGAAUUAUGUAAUGGUCCAAAAUGAUACUGACAAAUAUACAUUGUUUUGUAUAGAUUUAACAGAAAAUUAUCUAAUGUAGUAAUCAAAAAUGAUACUGACUUUAAAUAUAUUUUUAUUGGGUUAGGACGUAGAACAUGGUUUUAUAGAUACAAGUAAUACAAAGAAAAUACAAUAAAUAUAUAAAUAAGACUAUUGCCAACUACAAUGUUAAUAUACAGUGUGGGUGCCAAUCAAAUAUCGUUUAUAUUACAUAUAAAGCAUGAGCUGAAAUCCCAUAAAUGUGAAUGUGGAGAAAUUUGACUGAGAAAUUCAGCCUCAUACCAGCAGGGUUGUGGACUCUGCUCUUGCACCCAGCUCUGCAUCGAAUUUGCACUUUGUCCUCGUAUUCGCACAGGUCUUCACUGGACACUGCAGUUUCCUCACAAACGGGUGGUUACAUUUUGUUUGUGGAAAAACUUUCUAAAUGACUUAUGGUCUGUGUGAGAAUUUUCCCUAUGAUGUACUGGCACCCUUCAUCCUUGUGGACCCUGGAAUAGGCCCUGGGCUCACUACCGCUCUGUACUAGACAUGUAAUAGAUGUAUGGCUGUAAAUAUGUAAUGAAAUCAAAGAUAUAUACAUAUAUAUAUGUGUGUGUGUGUGUGUGAAAAUACACUCAGUAGCCACCUUGGGAGUUACAUCUACCCACUACCUGGUGGCAGCCACUUGUUCCUGCUUCAGAGUUCAGUAAGUUCAGGGUUUAAGGCUGGUGCUUUUGAACAUGCCUUAUGCCUUUCAGACACAGUUAAUUAUGUACUCAGGCCUUCCACUUAUCCUUAAUGAAACUGCCCAUUCUCCUCUGACCUCUCUCAUUAACAAGGUGCUUUUUCCCCACUGAAUUGCCACUGGCUGGACGUGUUCUUGGUCAUCACACUACAUGGCUCACGUAGCCCAUUCUAACUCUUAGCCAAGUUGUAAUUAGCCUCCUGACCCAGUGUGUAUGUGUGCCUUAGACUGAUUUGCAGCGUCAUGACUGGCUCUUUGGUUGUGCAGGCCAUUCGCAUUAACAGGCAGGUGUACACAACAAAGUGGCCACUGAAUGUAUCAUGCAGCUGUUAGCAGACUGUUCAAAAGCAGUAUUGUUAUAUAAGGGUUCAAAUAAUAAUGAACAAAUAAAUUACAGUUAUUCGAAAAAUACAAAAUGUAAUUGUAACAGCACUCAAAUUCUUCAUAAUCAGUUUUUAAGACACUUUCAUGCUGGUUCUUCAUGGAAAGGAAACGAAUCUAGUUGAGCAUGUAUUUUCUAAACCAGUGUUUCCCAACCCCAUCCCCGGGAGACCAUCAAAUGGUCCACAUUUUUGCUCCCUCCCAGGUCCCCGCCAGACAGGACAUAUUGCUGAAUGGAGCAAAAAUGUGGACUGUAUGUGGGCCUCUGAGGACCAGACUGGGAAGAACUUAUUUAAACCAAGACAGCUUUAGAUGUUGACUAGUUUUAUUCUGCUUUUUGAUGUAGUAAAUAACUACCAAAAUUUUCACUUCUGAUGGUUUAAGAUAUUCACAUAAGACAAACAAAAGUAUCAAAAUACUUUGGAUCAAAAGGUAGUUAUUUAGAUUAACAGAAACAUACUUACUGUUUAGUAUUAGCAGAAUUCCUUAACUGUACAAAUAGAAAUAUGUGAAUUGCAUUAAAUUAGAGUUUUCAAUACAUAUUAAAAUGAAAAAUAUUAAAUA